AUGGGUGAGCAGCGUCCGUCACAGGAAUCGGUUCUAUUCAAAAUCGUGAUCUUCACAUCGGACGAGCAAUGUUUUCCGCCCUACGCCGAUAUUUCGCAUUUGAGCCGGUUCACCGACGAACAAGAAGUGAUACUCUCAGUGGGAAGCGUAUGCAGUAUCGUCUCUGUACAAGAUGAAGGUACACAUUGGUGCGUUCAAAUGUCUCUCUGCUCAUGGAACCAUCCACGCCUCACUCAGAUGAAAACAGCUGUAUUGAAUCCAUUGAUGCAGUUCGAAUCUAGGAGUGAAACCACCUCAAUCAACAUUCUUGGAUACCUGCUUAUGACGAUGGGCGAAAGACAAAAGGCUCUUAUGCUACUCGAGAUGGGUCCAACCACCGCAAGGGGCUUAUAUUCCGACCAGACGCGACGCGGUUUCGACACUUUAAAUGGGCUUUUUCGAUUUUCAAACGAGAUGACGCGCAGCAGUGUGACACCAGAUCGCUCGACAAUGGUCGAUGAAGCUCAGCGAAUCUUAGCCUACUACAGGGACACAUCAAAUAGCAUGAGAGAGAUAUCGAACUUCCUGAGUCAAUUUCCGGAGCAUGCAUCUUCUAUUACACCAUUGGUGCACACAGUAGAGAAUUUAUGCGGAUUCGUCAGCUCCGUGUUUUCCGGUAUGGGAGAUCAGGACAAAAUACCACAUUUGUUGUCACAAUUGGAAAGUACAGAAGCGGCAUUGCAACAUUCAUUUCUACCUGACCAUCCGUUAAUGACGAACUUCGCAAGUCUCAAGGGUCUUUUUCAAGCAGGACAAGGCAAUCACGCGGGUGCAAUAGUUGAGCUAGAACAGUCAUUGCGUAAUUUUGAUUCCAUUCUUGGCACGCAGUAUCCAGUCCGCUGGGGUAUAUUGGUUUCAAUAGGUGAUGCUGCAGAAAAACUUCAUGAUGAGGAGAAAGCGCUUGACUCGUACAUGCAGAGUCUCGAAGUGUACGAUCCCGACCCUGUCCUCGAUAUCAAAAAUCGUCUCUAUUCUACAGAACGCUUAGCUAGACUUUUUAUGAAGCGCGAAGAAUUCGAUGUUGCUAUUCAAUUCUACAGCAACAUCGUCGAUAUGCCACAAAUUUCGCCCCGGUCGCAGGAAAUUGAGUGUGCGCUUGGAGAAAUUAUCAAGAUCCAUAAGAAACGCGGCGAUUGGGAAGCAGCUAUUAGUAGCAUGCAACAACUGAUAGGCAUCAAACGGGCAAACGGUGCAGAUGUGGAAUACUAUGAGAGCCAGAUUGCGAUGAUGGAACAACAGUUGCAUCAACGAGAAUAA